CAGGCUCAAAUUUGGCGGAAAUGUUUCAGCCACAGCCUUGCCCCUUGCCAGUUUUGGUCUUUACUAUCCUGAAAGCACGGGAAAGUCAUUGAAAUGUUUCUGCAGGGCUAGGAUUUGUGCAGGUUUCAGCUAUGUGGCUGGUUGGUUGUAGCAGGAGUGCUGUGGAGGGGAUGAGAGUGGAGAUUGCAGACUGGUGAGUGGCUUAAGGCUGUAGGAUUGCUGUCAUCUUUUCACAGUCAACCAAUGCCUGACCCCUUAGUUGUUCUCUCAUUCACCUCAUUGGCUGUGAACUGCAAUCUGCUGUGUCCCCAUGGCCCUAACUGUAUUUGAAUUCACUGAGUUAUUAUGCAUUCAUUUUCUCUUUGAACCGUCUGAAUUGGAUUGCUUUCUCACUCUGGCUUUCAGUUUCAAAAAUGAUACCAGGUUCCAAAAGAGGGGAUUGAAGGAGCAAAACAAGCUGAUUGCCCUUGGUAACCUCAUUUCAAGGAUAUAACAUGGCCUAGGAAAUCACUUCAUUGGCCAUACGUUACCCACCCCAAGUUCUAAGUCUUCUAAAGAUCCAUGUUGACCUGCUCUUAGGAAGACUCUGUGGGUAGUCCCAUGGGAUGAUUGAAGGGGUGACCUUGGUCUCAUUAGCACUGAGUACUAAUCCAGGCAAUGUGGGCUUAUAUGCACCAGUCAAUAAUAAAUAACUUUAACGGGGACUAUGGGAGAGCUGAAGGAGCCAGAUUUGUAUUUUGCCUUGUUUGCUAAGAUGCAGUUGUCAAAAUUUGGGAUGUGCAGCAGGAUUUGCGGAGAUCCGGAAGACUAGUUUUCUCUUAGGAUGAGCUCCAUCAACUGGCUUUGUCUUGUUCUCUGUGGCAGCACCUCUAGGGGGCAGCAUUCUACUCAGGCCAACUCUGACGGGCUGGACGAUCACACACCUGGUCUAUUUGUGGCUGCCUUGGGAUAGUAACCCUGUCCUGGACCUAGAAUGUUAGGCUGAGGUUGCUUAUGCUGAAAUAACUAGCUGGAGGUUCUUGGACAUUUUCUUUAAGGCAUGUCUACAAAAAUGUCUACAAAUGUCCUGUCCCUGUAAGACAAUGUUUUCUUAAGUAAGCGUGUAAGAAGAGGAUCCCACUGACUCAGGAUUCUGCAGCCUCGGGCUCUUUAGUGGAGAUGAAGGGUAGUUGAGAGCUGUCCGUGUUGACCUAUUCUUAGGAAGAAGGACUCUUUGGGUAGUCCCAUGUGGUGAUUGAAGGGGUGACCUUGGUCUCAUUAGCACUGAGUACUAAUCCAGAUAAUAUGGGCUUGUAUGCACCAGUCAAUAGUAAGUAACCUUAAUGGGAAAUAUGGGAGAGCUGAAGGAACAAGAUUUGCAUUUUGCCUUGUUUGCUAAGACACCGUUGUCAGUGAUGGUAAUAUCAGGAGACAAGACUGACAAGAUUUCUGGAUUGUCAGCAAACUUCUAGACUGUAUUCCUUGACCCACAUGCAAGCUCUUUUAAAUCCUUGGAAUUCUUAUUGCUGCCUAUUUCCAAAUAAUCUUCUUUUCCUCCUCCCAUGGUAUAAUUUCUACCUCUCCGCAGUGUGUUCAUCCUUCUAUUAAUAAAUGUUAAGCUGUUUGGUUUCUUCUUCUCCUUUUUGAGUUCAUUCAGAUUGCUGCCUGAAAUACUGUUUUAGAGUCUCAGUCAUUUUGUGAUAUAUUGUUUCUUUAUUUCUUGCACAGUUAUUUUCUCCCUCCUCCUCUCCUGGUACUCAUCUGCUCAUAUCCCAACCUUCAUGAAGGCAGACAUAGCUAAUAUUAUCCCAUUUUAGACAGCUGUGUAUCACUCUUCUCAUUCAAUUCAUUGUAGCAAAUUUUCAUUGUCUACCUGCCAUGGAUGAACUCUGUGUUGCUGCCUUACAUUCUUGGGGGAUGUUUAGCCAAAUAGACAAGCACUUACAGAACCACCUGCUUGAGUGGUGUGUCUGCUUUGUCUAGGGCAAGAACUGUCCCAUGUGUAAACAUGGUAAGAUUUGGAACUGUAUUAUUAUUCUCUCAUACGUCCUCCACAAAAUCCAGGAUGUCUUAUCAUUUAUCACAUCUUUUUUUGGAGUUUCCAUUCUUUGGAAAAAGGUCACGUGAUGCUCCUUCACCUCAAUGAGGUACGGCAGCUCUGCGUAUGCCCAAGCCUCCCCUCCCCAGCAUGCACUAGCUUUCCCCUUGCCCUAUGUCUCCAUCUCUUUCUCAACAGGAAAGCGGUGCAACAAGGGAAGGUCCUCUAUCUUCUGUUUUUCUGUCUUCUGAUUUUACUUUGUAGAUCCUCUUUUCCUUGAAGGAGACUCACUUUUAAAGGGGAAUGGCAAUUGGGAUGAUGUUAACUAAAAAGAUGUUAACUUUUGGAAAUAUAGCAGAUGGCAGGGACUUGGCAGAGCAGUAAAAAUCCAUUGUGUCAGACUGUAGCAAUCAGAGGCUCUCCAAGCACUUUUUUUUCUGAACUGCAUUUUGCCCCCCGACUAUUGGAAUUAACACUAUUUAUUUGUUCCAUUUGAAAUGAUUUGACCCCUUUUCUCUUCCAAACUGUUCUUCCAGAGUAAAUGCUAUUACUAGAAAAGGUUUUCUUUUCUUUUCUUUCUUUUUUUAAAAUCUUAAGCAUGAGAGAAUACUAAUAUAUUUACCCUUUGGUUUCUGUCAGUGAGGCCUACAAGAGAAAAAAUGAAAUAAUGCAUUUUUCUGGAAUAUUUUCAUCAGACAGCCAAACAUAGGAGCAAAUUAUAUCUUCUCCUUACUUUUUUUUCCUCUUAUACCAUGAUGAAUUUCUUUCUCCAGAGAGAGAAGUGAUUUUUAAAAGGCUUGAACAACAUGCUAGUCUUUCCUUCUGAUAGCCCCUGGUUGAAUCACUCCUGAAUUUGAAGCAUUUACUGAUGAAAUGAUACUUGACAUUAACCAGUGUUAUAUGGAAAUAUUUCUAGCACCUGGGGAGAAAAUAAAGGAGGGUAUUCAUAACACUGCCGCUGUGUGGCUGAAUCUUCCAUUUUUCUCAGAACCAACUUGAAUUACUCUUGCUUCACGCUGACUGACUUCUUUCCUAAGAGACCACUCUUAGACAGGAAGAUUUGCAUCAUUGGAAAAAGUUAGAAUUUAGAGCAUUAUUAUAAUGAAAAAGGUUGGGUUUUGGUAAUGGUCUACUUGGCUAUUUGGCAGAACCAGGUGAAGGCUUUGGUUUGGGAUUUUUUUCCCUUGUGGAGAAUGACAAAGGUGAUAUUAUAUCCCUGUAAAUAAAAUAAUCUUCUUGUUAUAAAGCCAUACUUAGAGCUCAGGGUAGGCAAGGAGAGUUUUCCACAGAGAGGUGAAAUAUGACCUUGGCUUUUGGUUUUAUACCUCAGGAUAUUUUUGACUUGGCCAACUGCUUUUGGCCAUUGACUAAGUAAAACUAGAUAAGAAAAAUUACAAAAAUAUAUGGAUGAUUAUUCAACUUGAAGAAGAUUCUUCUCUUCAUGUUAGACCUUGUGGCUCACAGAACUGUGCAAAUUUUCUAUUUGCUUUUUUUCUAAUCAGAAAAAAAUGUUUAGCACAGCAAAUUAUGGAGCAGUUGUCUCAUUCUUCAGUCGAAAUGUGGGGAUGUGUUUAUAUGACAAGUAUUGGAACAGUUUCUUCAGGGAUAACACUCAUCUUAGUUAACAUGAGAAUUUGUACCCUAUGAUAUGGUGUAGGACGAAGGAGAAUAAUGAACUAGUCUUUAGAAUCUUGGGAUUGAUUAUACCUCACUUCUAAAGCUUUCCAGGCAGCUAGAGCCACAGUGUCUAGCUCAGACUCAAUGUUGCCCCAACUCUAUUUCACAGAACACUCUUUCUUUAAGACUUUGCAGUAUAGGUGUGAGGUAUAGGGAGAAAGAAAGGAAUUCAUGAUCAAAUAGAUUUUUGAAAUUGUACCUACUAUGUCCCUUGGGAUCCCAAUUUACAUAGCAUGAUUGUGCAUGUAACAUUUACUGAAUUGACUAUGCACCAUGGAACUUUAUUUCUAAUAGUAAAGUAGACAGUAAGUGCUGUAGUCCUCACUUAUCCAUGGUUUCACUUCCCAAUGUCUCACUUGUCCACUGCCAACCAUGGUCCCAAUAUAUCAAAUGGAAAAUUACAAAAAUAAACCAUUCAUAAGUUUUCAAUUUCAUGCCAUUUUGAGUUACCUGAUGAACUCUCACUUCAUUCCUCACUGUUCCUCCGAUGUCCUCCUGGGAUGGGAGUACUCCCUUUGUCCAGCGUGUCCAUGCUGUGCAUGCUUUCUGCCCCUUAGUCGCUUAGUAGCUGUUUUGUUAUCAGAUCACCAAUCCUGGUAUUUCAGUGUUUGUGUUCAAGUCACCCUUAUUGUACUUAAUAAUGGCCCCAAAGCUCAAGAGUAGUGAUGCUGGCAAUUUCAAUAUGCUGGAAAGAAACUAUAUGCUGCUUCCUUUAAGUGAAAAGGUGAAAGUUCCUGACUUCAUAAGAAAAGAAAAAAAUGCUGAGAUUGCUAAGACCUAGAGUAAGGGUGAAUCUUCUAUCCAUGAAGUUGUAAAGAAGGAAACAUAAAUCGGUGCUAGUUUUGCUGUCACACCUGAAACUGCAAAAGUUACAGCCACAGUGUGUAAUAAGUGCUUAGAUGAGAUGGAAAAGGCAUUGAGUAUAUGGGUGGAAAACAUAAACGGUAACACAAACCAAUCGUUGGCAAUCGGGUUUGGUUUCAGGCAUUCACUGGGUGUCUCGAAACGUACCCGCCUCAAAUAAGGCUAGGGGAGGGCACUAUAUCUACUGUGCUUUCAUAUGGAGAUUAAAAAGCAGAGUAAAUUUUUAGAGGUGACUCAGGAUGGGAGAUGAGGGAAGUUAAUUUUGGAGCAUAUUAAUGGCUCCAGGAAGUUCUACCUUAAGAAACCUCUUUAUCUUUGUUCAACUAGUGUUUCCUGAAGAAUAUUUUAGUUGCCAGCCUAUACAGAAUUAGUGUGUCGUGGAACACAGUUUGGGAAAUGGUGGGCUAGCUAUUUCCACAGGGUCUCUAAGUUUUAUGAUUAUAAUUCCUAAUUGGACUGAUGUUCAUUUCAUCUUCUCCCUGGAGCCUGCUGUAGAGUUAAUGGUGUAUGCUGACUAGCCCAGUCUGCCUCACCAAAAAUUGAUUCAAUUUUUACCAUUUCAAGGCUGUUUGUAAGAUACUAUAAGAAGAAAUAAGGCCCAUAACUUUUCUUCAAGGAGCUUAUGGUCUAGUGUGUACUUUAAAGAUACACAUAAGUAACUAAUCUAAGGAAGACAGUACUGUCAGAAAGGUAGGUAGAAAUAAAGUACAGACAAUGUCUACAGCAGUGGUUCUCAAAGAGAGGACCAGCAUCUCUUCAGAACUUGUUAGAAUUGUAAAUUCUCAGGCCCCACCCCAGAUCAACAGAGUCAGAAACUCUGCAGUGGUACCCACAAGUGUGAAAUUUAACAAGCUUUAUGUUGGUUCUGAUGCUCUCUAGAGUUUAAGAGUCACAGCUUUAGAAGAAGUGGUGCUCACGUUUGAAUGGGAAAUCUCCAAAAUAGCUUCAUAGAAUUGGUGGGUGGCAUUUUAUCUAAACCUUCUGAGUAAAACUUGGAGGUGCAGAUGGAUAGAGACCUGCAUUCCUAAAGGAAACAAGAGCUGUCAGAGUCACAUUAACAGCGGAGACCUCAGGUCUACUUUUAGCUUUUUUAUAGGCAAGCUCUGUGACCUUGUUCAAAUCACAUAACCUGUCUCAGUCUGUUUCCUCAAUGGCUAAACUAGGGUGUUGGGGUAGAAAAGUUUAUGAUCCCUUUGGCUAUAAAACUCAGUGACUUUAUAUGGUUUUGGCUCAGUAUUUCAUUAUAUAAUGUGAAUAAUGGCAUAACCUAAAUUAUUGUGAUUCAAAUACUUAGUAUAUUAUCUUAUACAUUCUCUAGCUACAAUGGUUUGUAUUUUUAAAAAAAUAACCUGCAUCAAAGCCUUUCUCUUCUUUUCAGGCAGCCAUUAGCACCAACCGGAGAGUAAAACUUUAUUCCCAAGUAUGUCAUACGAGCAGUCUAUAACUGAUUUCAGGAGCAAGGACCCAGAACAUAAAGUGGUGCCAUGAGAAUGGUAAUUUGAGUGGUAUCAGAAUAGACUGCUCUAGAAGAUAGGGCUAAGCAGUAUCUGGCUGUUCUGGGACUCAUCAUUGCAAGGAGAAAUCUUGCUUGAACUCCCCAGGAGUUAAAUGCUAGGUCUAAGGAGUAGCUCCCUAAUGCAGCUGUAGUUUUCAGAGUUUGAAAGUGCAUACACAGGGAUUGAAAUCGAUUACAGAGCUCUGGCAAUAGCUUUUGGCUGUGUCACCAUGCACAAGACCUCUCUGUGGCAUUGACUCUGACCCCUGGCACAAGUUUGUGAUCUGUGAAAGGGUAGCUUUCAUAUUAGGGGUGGUCCCUCUCUGGACCCUUUAUCCUUACCUCAGUUUUACUUGUUUUUUGUUUUGUGUUGCUGCUUCUGAAAACCUUAAUAAUUAUGUCAAUUAAUAUUCAUGGAAUAUUUACUAUGUGCCAGACACUAUGUUAAGCCUUUUACCUGACAGUGGGAACUCUUAUAAUCCCCAUUUUAAAGAUAAAGAAACUGAGAUUUAAUGAAGCUUUCGAUAUUAACCCCAAAGUCACCCAGCCACUAGAUGGCAAAUCCUGGAUUCAACUCAGGUUUGUCUGACCUUUGAGGCUAACAUAGCUUUUAGUAAAGAAAGGACAUUCUUUCCUUUACCUUUGAUGUGUGUAUGUUUUCUUUUCUACUGGAAAAUAAAACAUAGAGUAGGUUGUAAAUUUUACUCCCUGUUUUGAUUCCCAGAUUUUGUCUUCUCUAAAAUCUGCCUUAACUAAUGAUAAUAGCUAACAAUUAUAUACUAUGUGCCAUGAACUGUUUUAAAUAUUUUCCAUUUAUUAACUCAAAUCCUAUUUGGUAGGCAUUAUUGUUCUUAUUUUAUAGAAGAAUAAACUGAGGUGCGAAGAGGUUCAAUAGCUUGCCUGGGGUCGUAAAGCUAGUAAAUGACAUAGAUGGGACUUGAAUGCAGGCAGUCAAGUGCCAAAGUGCACGUUCUGUAACCGUUGUAUGCUCUGCCUUUGUGUUGGCAUUGGCUCUGGCACUGCAUACACCAAAGCAGAGACUGAUCUUCUAUUUGUAGUUUGAACACGGGUCACCUUCUUCAAGGACUCCUGUCAAGGGGACUCUAUAUUGACUUUGUUCUUUGCUUUACAGCCUAACAUAGCAAAUUUCUUGAGUAUCCUCCCAAUUUGGCUAACAGAAUCCCCUCACAAUAGAAAAGAUAGGAAGAGAGGGAAUGAAAAUGAAAUAUAUUUUUAAAAUACAUUUUGUAGUGUUCAGAAGUCUCACCAAUUUAAGCAGACCAGAUUAAUGUUGGCAGAAAACGGCUUUAUCAGGUUACCAAAGCAAGCAUAGGUACCCUGCAGAGCCAAGGCUGUCCCAGAGAGGUAGUCUCUGUGAUUGCUGUUCCCUUUCCCCAAGGUCUCUGGUAUUUAUUCAUCCAUGGAAAGAAAAAUCUGCAUGCCCUUCUGAGUCCCACAGUAAGAUCCAUCCUAACAGAACAGAAGGGCAGGAUGGGGAGUCACACCAGGAAUGCCUCUGAAAAAUAAAUGUCUCGAAGAUUGAUGGCUUGAUGAUCUCUUUGGAGAUUAUAUCAAAAAUUAUUGAUUAUGUUAGUAAGUUGUAGAAAAUAGACUCUGAGGUUGGGAACUAAGUGCUUUCUUUAAAAUAAUCUAGAAGCAGUAGAAUAAAUCAAUGUGUGGAGCAUCUAAAACACUGUAACUAUCAUAUUGGCUUCACAAAUAGCUUGGCUUCAAUGUGGAAAAGGCAAUAUUAUUUUUUUAAAAACCUGAACAGUUGUCUUGGCGUACUAAAAAGAAAAGAAGACAAAAUUUGAUUCUAGAAUUUGCUUUGCAAAAUUUUACAACAUUCCUAGCUUCUAGCACUCAUUUAUUUCCUAAUCAGUGGGAAAACUACAAGGCUUUUAAAAAUAAUUUGUGUCAGAUAGGGCUUUAUUUUUUUUUUCCUGUGCCACAAUAAAGAUACAAAAGCCUUAAAAGAUAUUUUGUUUUCAACAACUGAAUUGACAAACUUAGUCCUGCUCAAUUUUUUGGUGUUAGGUCUACAUUUCAGUACAUGAUAAUACCACUCCAUUUAUGCUUGUUUUGAAGUAUUUUCUAUUUGCAUUUAAGACCACUGAUUCUGGUUUAUAAGAAAACAAUUCCAGCAGUGUAUCUUACUGAGAGAAAAACUCACUAUGCAAAAGCACCAAUUUUUGAAUAGUUAAAUUGAAAGAUAUGUUUUCAUAUUAUGACAGCAUUCUUUGCCUUGAAAGAUUCACAGAAAGAUUUGUAAAAGUAACUAUCCCCUUAGGGCACUUUAAUGUUUAUUUAUAAACAGCUAACUACUUAGAGGAGGAAAUAACACCAGGGAGAGAAAUAUGGUGUCAGAAAAGGAAGAUGACUCCAACAUAAUGAUAAACCACAGUUCCAAAAUUGUAAUGGAAUUCAAUGAAAACUAAUUCAAUUGAAGUGUGUUUCAGUUUGGCAUUAGCUCUGAACCUGGGAGACUUGAGACCUGGUAUUAGGAGAAUCUCUUCAUUUUAUAGACCCUAGUUUCUUCAUCUGUAAACUCAGGAGAUUGGUACGGAUGAUCUUUAAGGCUCCUUUGAACCUGUAUAAUUUCUUGAUUCGGUUUCCUGAAGUAAGAUGUGCUUUUUGUUGGGGAAUAGGAAAUGGAGCAUAUUAAAGGCAUCUGGGCCCCUGGUUACAUUAGUACCUAGUGUUCUGUUCAACAAACCAGUGUUGUUUGCUUCCUGUGUGGGGGGUGCUGUACUGGGUGCUGGGAAUAGAGUGAUGUACUUCCCAUCAGUUUUCGUUAAGUAGAAGACCAGAGUGCGAAUGAGGGGGCAGACUCAGAAAAGUUCAGUUGAACUGAAUUUUUCUUGGGGGAAGUUUUCCUCUCUGAUGACCAUGGAGUCCAGACUCCUUGGGCAAAGGAUUAGCAAAAUUACUGUUACAGGAAGUCUUCUCAGCACAGAAUAGUGAGUGAGAAAUGAGGCAGAAACUUUAUUUGUAUUUUUCUGGAGCAUUCUGGGAAUGAUCCCAGUGUUUCACCUUGAGAGAGUGUAACCUAACCUUGCAUUCCCUUACAAGAGACUUGCUCACUUGACCAUGUACACAUGUCCACAGUGAGCCUAAAAAUUUCUCCACUGCUUUGGAAUCUUUUGAGAUGAUGAAAUAGAAGAGACUCCUGAGGCGUACAAAAUACUAUUAAAGCUUCUGCUAGUGUACUUCUGUGAUCACUAAAGAGAGGUUCUGUUGCUCCCAUAUUUCAGCUGACUGUGCUCCACAAAGUAGACACCCAAGCACGCUGGGAUUCGCCACUCUGCUAGGAUGGAAGUAUGAUGUGAUGGAUAUAAUUAUGGGACACUGUGUGGGCACACGGCCUCCUCCUUGUUGCCUCAUCCUCCUGCUUUUCAAGCUUUUGGCCACCGUCUCCCAGGGGCUGCCGGGGACUGGGCCCCUGGGCUUCCACUUCACACAUUCCAUUUAUAAUGCUACCGUGUAUGAGAACUCAGCAGCAAGGACCUACGUCAACAGCCAGAGUAGAAUGGGCAUCACCUUAAUAGAUCUGUCCUGGGAUAUCAAAUACAGAAUAGUGUCCGGAGAUGAGGAAGGCUUUUUCAAAGCAGAGGAAGUCAUCAUUGCAGAUUUCUGUUUUCUCAGAAUAAGAACUAAAGGUGGCAAUUCUGCCAUAUUAAAUAGGGAAAUCCAGGAUAAUUAUUUAUUGAUAGUAAAAGGUUCUGUCAGAGGAGAGGAUUUGGAAGCAUGGACCAAAGUGAAUAUACAGGUUUUAGAUAUGAAUGAUCUGAGACCUCUGUUUUCACCCACAACAUACUCUGUUACCAUAGCAGAAAGCACACCUCUAAGGACUAGUGUCGCCCAGGUGACUGCAACAGAUGCAGAUAUUGGUUCCAAUGGAGAAUUCUACUACUACUUUAAAAAUAAAGUUGAUCUCUUUUCAGUUCACCCCACGAGUGGUGUCAUCUCCUUAAGUGGCCGAUUAAAUUAUGAUGAAAAGAAUAGGUAUGAUCUGGAAAUUUUGGCUGUGGACCGGGGAAUGAAACUGUAUGGAAACAAUGGAGUGAGCAGUACUGCAAAGCUUUAUGUUCACAUUGAGCGCAUAAAUGAACAUGCCCCAACAAUCCAGGUGGUCACUCAUGUUCCUUUCUCAUUGGAAAAAGAGCCGACAUAUGCAGUGGUAACAGUUGAUGACUUAGAUGAUGGAGCCAAUGGAGAGAUCGAAUCUGUCUCCAUUGUGGCUGGGGAUCCUUUAGAUCAGUUCUUCCUGGCUAAGGAAGGAAAGUGGUUGAAUGAGUACAAGAUUAAGGAGAGGAAGCAGAUUGACUGGGAGAGCUUUCCCUAUGGCUACAAUCUCACUCUUCAAGCAAAAGACAAGGGAUCUCCUCAAAAAUUUUCAGCAUUAAAGGCAGUCCACAUUGGCAACCCCACAAGAGACACUGUCCCCGUUAGAUUUGAAAAAGAAGUGUACGAUGUGAGCGUAAGUGAAUUUUCCCCUCCUGGUGUCGUGGUUGCUAUAGUAAAACUAAGUCCUGAACCGAUAGAUGUGGAAUACAAAUUAUCUCCUGGUGAGGAUGCAGUGUACUUCAAAAUUAAUCCUCGGUCAGGUCUGAUUGUUACAGCACAGCCACUGAAUACUGUUAAGAAGGAGGUUUAUAAACUGGAGGUGACAAACAAGGAAGGAGAUUUAAAAGCACAAGUCACCAUCAGCAUAGAAGAUGCGAACGACCACACCCCAGAAUUUCAGCAACCACUCUACGAUGCUAAUGUGAAUGAAAGUGUUCCGGUGGGAACCAGUGUUCUAACAGUUUCAGCUUCUGAUAAAGAUAAAGGGGAAAAUGGGUACAUCACCUAUAGUAUCGCUAGCCUGAAUCUGUUACCAUUUGCCAUUAACCAGUUUACAGGUGUUAUUAGCACAACUGAAGAAUUGGAUUUUGAAUCCUCCCCAGAAAUUUACAGAUUCAUUGUUAGAGCCUCUGACUGGGGUUCGCCGUACCGCCAUGAAAGUGAGGUCAAUGUGACUAUUCGAAUAGGAAAUGUCAACGACAACAGCCCUCUCUUUGAAAAAGUGGCUUGCCAGGGAGUUAUUUCAUAUGACUUUCCGGUCGGUGGACACAUCACAGCAGUCUCAGCAAUCGAUAUCGAUGAACUUGAACUUGUAAAGUACAAAAUAAUUUCUGGAAAUGAACUUGGCUUCUUUUAUUUAAACCCAGACUCUGGUGUUUUACAGCUUAAAAAAUCACUGACAAAUUCUGGCAUUAAAAAUGGCAAUUUUGCCCUCAGAAUUACAGCAACUGAUGGAGAGAAUCUUGCAGACCCCAUGUCUAUUAACAUUUCCGUCCUACAUGGGAAGGUGUCUUCAAAGAGCUUCAGCUGCAGAGAAACUCGUGUGGCUCAAAAGCUGGCAGAGAAACUACUCAUUAAGGCAAAAGCAAAUGGGAAACUGAAUCUGGAAGAUGGAUUUCUUGACUUUUAUUCAAUUAAUAGGCAGGGACCAUAUUUUGACAAGUCUUUUCCUUCUGAUGUGGCUGUAAAGGAGGAUCUGCCAGUUGGUGCUAACAUUCUGAAGAUUAAAGCCUAUGAUGCCGACUCUGGCUUCAAUGGAAAAGUGCUAUUUACAAUAUCAGAUGGAAAUACGGAUAGUUGCUUUAAUAUUGAUAUGGAAACUGGGCAGCUGAAAGUCCUUAUGCCCAUGGAUCGAGAACACACAGACCUCUAUCUCCUUAAUAUCACCAUCUAUGACUUAGGUAAUCCACAGAAAUCAUCAUGGAGACUGCUGACCAUCAAUGUGGAGGAUGCUAAUGACAAUAGCCCAGUUUUUAUUCAAGACAGUUACUCAGUUAACAUUCUUGAAAGUUCAGGCAUUGGUACUGAAAUCAUUCAAGUGGAAGCCAGAGACAAAGACUUAGGUUCUAAUGGUGAAGUGACUUACUCAGUCUUGACAGAUACACAGCAGUUUGCCAUCAAUAGCUCAACUGGAAUUGUUUAUGUAGCCGACCAGUUGGACCGGGAAUCCAAAGCCAAUUAUUCUUUGAAAAUAGAAGCCAGGGACAAGGCAGAAAGUGGUCAGCAACUGUUUUCAGUUGUCACUCUUAAAGUUUUUUUAGAUGAUGUCAAUGACUGCUCCCCAGCUUUCAUUCCCAGUAGCUAUAGUGUGAAGGUUCUUGAAGAUCUCCCUGUUGGCACUGUCAUUGCUUGGCUUGAGACCCAUGAUCCAGAUCUUGGAUUGGGGGGUCAAGUACGCUAUUCCUUGGUCAAUGACUAUAAUGGGAGAUUUGAAAUAGAUAAAGCAAGUGGUGCCAUCCGCUUGAGCAAAGAGCUUGAUUAUGAGAAACAGCAGUUCUAUAACCUUACUGUGCGGGCCAAAGACAAAGGGCGGCCUGUCUCUCUGUCAUCUGUUUCCUUUGUUGAGGUGGAAGUGGUGGAUGUCAAUGAAAACCUCCACACUCCCUAUUUCCCAGACUUUGCUGUUGUUGGAUCUGUAAAAGAAAACUCACGCAUUGGAACAAGCGUGCUGCAGGUGACUGCUCGAGAUGAAGACUCCGGAAGGGAUGGAGAGAUCCAGUACUCCAUCAGGGAUGGCAGUGGUCUUGGAAGGUUCAGUAUAGACGACGAGAGUGGGGUCAUCACUGCCGCAGACAUUCUUGAUCGGGAGACAACGGGUUCAUACUGGCUAACAGUGUAUGCCACAGACAGAGGUGUUGUUCCACUCUACUCCACCAUUGAGGUCUACAUUGAAGUUGAAGAUGUGAAUGACAAUGCCCCGCUGACCUCUGAACCUAUAUAUUAUCCUGUUGUCAUGGAAAACUCUCCAAAAGACAUAUCUGUCAUUCAGAUCCAGGCUGAAGAUCCUGACUCUAGUUCCAAUGAAAAACUGACAUACAGGAUUACAAGUGGAAAUCCUCAGAAUUUUUUUGCCAUCAAUAUCAAAACAGGUCUGAUUACAACAACUUCAAGGAAAUUGGAUCGAGAACAGCAGGCAGAACAUUUUCUGGAGGUGACUGUGACGGAUGGUGGUCCCUCUCCAAAACAGUCAACCAUCUGGGUGGUGGUUCAGGUUCUGGAUGAAAAUGACAACAAGCCCCAGUUCCCAGAGAAGGUCUACCAGAUCAAGCUGCCGGAACGUGACCGAAAGAAGAGAGGAGAACCGAUUUACAGGGCUUUUGCAUUUGAUAGAGAUGAGGGCCCCAACGCAGAAAUCUCCUACAGUAUUGUGGAUGGGAAUGAUGACGGAAAGUUCUUUAUUGACCCUAAAACUGGGAUGGUUUCUUCUAGAAAGCAGUUUACAGCAGGGAGUUAUGACAUCCUAACGAUAAAGGCAGUGGACAACGGGCGCCCACAGAAAUCCUCCACGGCCCGCCUCCACAUUGAAUGGAUUAAGAAACCACCCCCUUCGCCUAUACCAUUGACCUUCGAUGAGCCGUUUUAUAACUUCACAGUCAUGGAAAGUGAUAGAGUGACUGAAAUUGUAGGGGUGGUGUCUGUGCAGCCAGCUAACACCCCUCUGUGGUUUGACAUAGUUGGUGGCAAGCAUGCUCGAGAGAUGUUCUAUAUUCUACAGACAGCUUGUGGGCAGAACUGUUCAACAGAAGGGGGGAAUUUUGACAGCGCUUUUGACGCAGAGAAGGGUGUUGGGACAAUUGUCAUCGCAAAACCUUUGGACGCAGAGCAGAGGUCCAUCUAUAAUAUGAGUGUGGAAGUCACUGAUGGGACAAAUGUUGCUGUCACUCAGGUAUUUAUCAAAGUGCUGGAUAAUAAUGAUAAUGGCCCAGAAUUCUCUCAGCCGAAUUACGAUGUGACAAUUUCCGAGGAUGUGCUUCCAGACACAGAGAUCUUGCAGAUUGAAGCCACAGAUAGAGAUGAGAAGCACAAGCUGAGCUACACUGUUCAUAGCAGCAUUGACUCCAUCAGCAUGAGAAAAUUCCGGAUUGACCCUAGCACUGGCGUGCUCUAUACUGCUGAGAGGCUGGACCAUGAGGCCCAGGACAAGCACAUUCUCAACAUAAUGGUCAGAGAUCAGGAGUUUCCUUAUCGAAGAAACUUGGCCCGAGUCAUUGUGAAUGUGGAGGAUGCUAAUGAUCACAGCCCUUAUUUUACCAACCCACUGUACGAAGCGUCUGUGUUUGAAUCUGCUGCUCUGGGAUCAGCUGUUCUGCAAGUGACAGCUCUGGACAAAGACAAAGGAGAAAAUGCAGAACUCGUAUAUACCAUAGAAGCAGGGAACACUGGGAACACGUUUAAGAUCGAACCGGUCCUAGGCAUCAUCACCAUUUGCAAAGAACCAGACAUGACGACGAUGGGUCAGUUUGUCCUAUCCAUCAAAGUCACAGAUCAGGGAUCCCCGCCAAUGUCUGCCACUGCAAUUGUGCGCAUUUCUGUCACCAUGUCUGACAAUUCUCACCCCAAGUUCAUUCACAAAGACUACCAAGCAGAAGUAAAUGAAAAUGUUGACAUUGGAACAUCAGUCAUUCUAAUCUCUGCCAUCAGUCAAUCUACCCUCAUUUAUGAAGUCAAAGAUGGAGACAUUAAUGGGAUCUUUACCAUAAAUCCAUAUUCUGGAGUCAUCACCACUCGGAAGGUCCUGGAUUAUGAGCGCACAUCCUCUUAUCAGCUCAUCAUUCAGGCCACCAAUAUGGCAGGAAUGGCUUCCAAUGCUACAGUCAAUAUUCAGAUUGUUGAUGAAAAUGAUAAUGCCCCAGUUUUUCUCUUUUCUCAGUACUCAGGCAGCCUAAGUGAGGCUGCCCCAAUUAACAGCAUUGUCAGGAGCUUGGAUAACAGCCCACUGGUGAUUCGAGCCACAGAUGCUGACAGCAACCGGAAUGCUCUGCUUGUGUAUCAGAUUGUAGAGUCGACAGCCAAAAAGUUUUUCACGGUGGACUCCAGUACAGGUGCAAUUAGAACAAUUGCCAACCUGGACCACGAAACCAUUGCCCAUUUCCAUUUUCAUGUGCAUGUGAGAGACAGUGGUAGCCCCCAACUGACUGCAGAGAGUCCCGUUGAAGUCAACAUUGAGGUGACAGAUGUGAAUGAUAACCCGCCUGUUUUUACUCAGGCUGUGUUUGAGACUGUCUUACUUCUACCUACGUAUGUCGGAGUGGAGGUUCUGAAAGUUAGUGCCACAGAUCCUGACUCUGAGGUACCCCCUGAACUGACAUAUAGCCUAAUGGAAGGCAGCUUGGAUCAUUUUUUAAUUGACUCAAACAGUGGAGUACUUACCAUAAAAAAUAACAACCUCUCCAAGGAUCACUACAUGCUGAUAGUUAAGGUAUCUGAUGGAAAGUUCUACAGUACAUCCAUGGUUACCAUCAUGGUUAAAGAAGCCAUGGACAGUGGCCUCCAAUUUACACAAAGCUUCUAUUCCACCUCAAUCUCAGAGAACAACACUAACAUAACCAAAGUUGCUAUUGUCAAUGCAGUUGGAAACCGCCUUAAUGAGCCCUUAAAAUACAGCAUCUUAAACCCAGGAAAUAAGUUCAAGAUAAAAUCUACCUCAGGGGUCAUUCAGACAACUGGAGUCCCCUUUGACCGUGAAGAACAAGAGUUAUAUGAGCUGGUGGUAGAAGCCAGCCGUGAGCUGGACCAUCUGCGUGUGGCCAGAGUGGUGGUCAGGGUUAACAUUGAAGACAUAAAUGACAAUUCUCCAGUCUUUGUGGGCCUCCCAUACUAUGCUGCUGUUCAAGUGGAUGCAGAACCUGGAACUCUGAUUUAUCAGGUGACAGCCAUUGACAAAGAUAAAGGUCCAAAUGGAGAAGUGACUUAUGUCCUACAGGACGACUAUGGCCACUUUGAAAUUAACCCUAAUUCAGGGAAUGUUAUUUUAAAGGAAGCAUUCAACUCUGACUUGUCCAACAUUGAGUAUGGAGUCACCAUCCUGGCCAAGGAUGGUGGAAAACCCUCUUUGUCUACGUCUGUGGAGCUUCCCAUCACUAUUGUCAACAAAGCAAUGCCUGUGUUUGAUAAACCCUUUUAUACAGCAUCUGUCAAUGAAGACAUCAGAAUGAACACACCCAUCCUAAGCAUCAAUGCCACCAGUCCAGAGGGCCAAGGCAUCAUAUAUAUCAUUAUCGAUGGGGACCCUUUUAAACAGUUUAACGUUGACUUUGACACUGGGGUCCUGAAAGUUGUUAGCCCUUUGGAUUAUGAAGUUACAUCUGCUUACAAGCUGACAAUAAGAGCCAGCGAUGCCCUCACUGGUGCUAGGGCUGAAGUCACUGUUGACUUGCUAGUUAAUGAUGUAAAUGACAAUCCCCCUAUUUUUGAUCAGCCCACAUACAAUACAACACUAUCAGAAGCAUCUCUUAUUGGGACACCUGUUUUACAAGUUGUCUCUAUUGAUGCAGACUCAGAAAACAAUAAAAUGGUACAUUAUCAGAUUGUCCAGGAUACCUACAAUAGCACAGAUUAUUUUCACAUAGAUAGCUCAAGUGGCUUAAUCCUGACAGCACGGAUGCUGGACCAUGAGUUAGUACAACACUGCACUUUGAAAGUCAGAUCAACAGAUAGUGGCUUCCCAUCACUGAGCAGUGAGGUUCUGGUUCAUAUCUACAUCUCUGAUGUAAAUGACAACCCUCCAGUUUUUAAUCAGCUCAUUUAUGAGUCGUAUGUGAGUGAAUUAGCCCCCCGGGGCCAUUUUGUAACCUGUGUACAAGCCUCUGAUGCAGACAGCUCUGAUUUUGACCGGUUGGAAUAUAGCAUUUUAUCUGGGAAUGACCGGACGAGCUUUCUGAUGGACAGCAAGAGUGGAGUUAUCACACUGUCCAACCACCGGAAGCAGCGGAUGGAGCCUCUCUACAGUCUCAAUGUGUCUGUCUCUGAUGGGUUGUUCACCAGUACUGCACAGGUGCAUAUUAGAGUACUUGGGGCUAACUUGUACAGCCCUGCCUUUUCACAAAGCACAUACGUAGCUGAGGUGAGAGAGAACGCGGCUGCAGGAACAAAGGUAAUUCAUGUUCGAGCCACAGAUGGUGAUCCAGGGACUUACGGGCAGAUCAGCUAUGCCAUCAUCAAUGACUUUGCCAAGGAUCGAUUCCUCAUAGACAGCAAUGGGCAGGUCAUCACCACAGAAAGGCUAGACCGGGAAAACCCUCUAGAAGGAGAUGUUAGUAUUUUUGUGAGGGCCCUUGAUGGUGGAGGGAGAACAACUUUCUGCACUGUGAGAGUGAUUGUUGUGGAUGAAAAUGACAAUGCUCCCCAGUUCAUGACAGUGGAAUAUAGAGCCAGUGUCAGGGCAGAUGUUGGAAAGGGCCACUUGGUCACUCAAGUUCAAGCCAUAGAUCCCGAUGAUGGAGCAAAUUCAAGGAUUACUUAUUCCCUCUAUAGCGAGGCCUCUGUUUCAGUGGCUGACCUCCUGGAAAUCGAUCCUGACAAUGGCUGGAUGGUCACAAAGGGUAAUUUUAACCAGCUGAAAAAUACAGUGCUUUCGUUCUUUGUCAAAGCAGUAGAUGGGGGCAUCCCAGUAAAGCACUCCCUUAUUCCUGUCUAUAUCCACGUCUUGCCCCCUGAAACAUUCUUGCCAUCAUUCACCCAGUCUCAGUAUUCCUUUACCAUUGCAGAAGAUACAGCCAUUGGGAGUACAGUGGACACCCUGAGGAUUUUGCCCAGUCAGAAUGUCCGAUUCAGCACAGUUAAUGGGGAACGGCCAGAAAAUAACAAAGGGGGCGUAUUCGUCAUAGAACAGGAAACAGGCACCAUUAAACUUGACAAACGCCUUGACCAUGAAACCAGCCCAGCUUUCCACUUUAAAGUAGCAGCCACUAUACCCCUGGACAAAGUAGACAUUGUGUUUACUGUGGAUGUAGAUAUCAAGGUAUUGGAUUUGAAUGACAACAAGCCAGUCUUUGAAACUUCAAGCUACGACACUAUUAUAAUGGAAGGGAUGCCUGUUGGCACCAAACUCACACAAGUGAGAGCUAUUGAUAUGGACUGGGGCGCCAAUGGACAAGUCAUUUACUCCCUGCACUCGGAUUCCCAGCCUGAAAAGGUAAUGGAAGCAUUCAAUAUUGACAGCAACACGGGCUGGAUCAGUACCUUGAAGGACCUAGAUCAUGAGACAGACCCCACAUUCACCUUCUCUGUGGUGGCCUCUGACCUUGGAGAGGCAUUCUCUCUCUCCUCCACGGCCUUGGUAUCUGUCAGAGUGACAGAUAUAAAUGAUAAUGCACCAGUCUUUGCGCAGGAAGUGUACCGAGGGAAUGUGAAGGAGAGCGACCCACCGGGCGAGGUGGUAGCCAUCCUCAGCACCUGGGACAGAGAUACGUCCGACAUUAAUCGCCAAGUGAGCUACCAUAUUACAGGAGGAAACCCUCGAGGAAGGUUUGCUCUGGGCCUGGUGCAAAGUGAGUGGAAGGUCUAUGUGAAGAGGCCUCUAGACAGAGAAGAACAGGACAUUUACUUUCUCAAUAUCACUGCCACUGACGGGCUUUUUGUCACACAGGCCAUGGUGGAAGUGAGCGUCAGUGAUGUGAAUGACAAUAGCCCAGUGUGUGAGCAGGUUGCAUAUACAGCAUUACUUCCUGAAGACAUUCCAUCAAAUAAAAUCAUCCUGAAAGUCAGUGCAAAGGAUGCUGAUAUUGGAUCCAAUGGAGAUAUACGAUACUCACUCUAUGGAUCUGGAAACAGUGAAUUUUUUCUAGAUCCAGAAAGUGGCGAGUUAAAAACCUUGGCUCUGUUGGACCGGGAAAGGGUCCCUGUGUACAGCCUUAUGGCCAAGGCCACUGACGGGGGUGGCAGAUUCUGCCAGUCGAACAUCCACCUAAUCCUGGAGGACGUGAAUGAUAACCCCCCUGUGUUUUCUUCUGACCACUACAAUGCCUGCGUCUAUGAGAACACAGCCACCAAGGCUCUGUUGACCAGAGUUCAAGCCGUGGACCCCGACGUUGGCAUCAAUAGGAAGGUCGUGUACUCCCUGGCAGACUCAGCUGGUGGGGUCUUCUCCAUUGACAGCUCAUCCGGCAUCAUCAUCCUGGAGCAGCCACUGGACCGCGAGCAGCAGUCUUCAUACAACAUCAGCGUGCGGGCCACUGACCAGAGUCCUGGACAGUCCCUGUCCUCUCUCACUACUGUCACCAUCACUGUCCUGGACAUUAACGACAACCCCCCUGUGUUUGAGAGGAGGGACUACCUGGUGACGGUGCCCGAGGACACCUCCCCUGGCACCCAGGUUCUUGCUGUUUUUGCUACCAGCAAAGAUAUUGGCACAAAUGCUGAGAUCACUUAUCUCAUCCGGUCUGGGAACGAACAAGGGAAAUUUAAGAUCAACCCCAAGACAGGGGGUAUUUCUGUCUCUGAAGUCCUGGACUAUGAAUUAUGCAAAAGGUUUUACCUGGUAGUGGAAGCCAAAGAUGGUGGCACCCCAGCUCUCAGCGCUGUGGCCACUGUCAACAUCAACCUCACGGAUGUUAAUGACAACCCUCCCAAAUUCAGCCAAGACGUCUACAGUGCGGUUAUCAGUGAAGACGCCUUGGUGGGAGACUCUGUCAUUUUGCUAAUAGCAGAAGAUGUAGACAGCCAGCCCAACGGACAGAUUCAUUUUUCCAUUGUGAAUGGAGAUCGGGACAAUGAAUUUACUGUGGAUCCUGUCUUGGGACUUGUGAAAGUUAAGAAGAAAUUGGACCGGGAACGGGUGUCUGGAUACUCUCUGCUUGUCCAGGCAGUAGACAGUGGCAUUCCUCCGAUGUCAUCAACUGCAACUGUCAACAUUGAUAUUUCCGAUGUGAAUGACAACAGCCCAGUGUUUACACCUGCCAACUAUACUGCUGUAAUUCAGGAAAAUAAGCCAGUGGGCACCAGCAUCUUGCAGCUGGUGGUGACAGACAGAGACUCCUUUCACAAUGGGCCUCCCUUUUCAUUCUCUAUUUUGUCGGGAAAUGAAGAGGAAGAGUUUGUGUUGGACUCUCAUGGGAUCUUGCGGUCGGCUGUGGUCUUCCAGCACACAGAGUCUCCGGAAUACGUGUUGUGUGUCCAGGCAAAGGAUUCAGGCAAACCCCAGCAAGUUUCUCACACCUACAUUCGCGUGCGAGUCAUCGAGGAAAGCACCCACAAGCCCACAGCCAUUCCCCUGGAAAUUUUCAUUGUCACCAUGGAGGAUGACUUUCCUGGUGGGGUCAUUGGGAAGAUUCAUGCCACAGAUCAAGACAUGUAUGACGUGCUCACAUUUGCCCUAAAAUCAGAGCAGAAAAGCUUGUUUAAAGUGAAUAGUCAUGAUGGGAAAAUCAUCGCCCUGGGAGGCCUGGACAGCGGCAAGUACGUCCUGAAUGUGUCUGUGAGUGAUGGUCGCUUCCAGGUGCCCAUUGAUGUGGUCGUGCAUGUGGAACAGCUGGUGCAUGAGAUGCUGCAGAACACUGUCACCAUCCGCUUUGAGAAUGUGUCCCCUGAGGACUUUGUGGGGCUGCACAUGCAUGGGUUCCGGCGCACCCUGCGGAAUGCGGUCCUCACCCAGAAGCAGGACAGCUUGCGCAUCAUCAGUAUCCAGCCCGUGGCAGGCACCAACCAGCUGGACAUGCUGUUUGCGGUGGAGAUGCACAGCAGUGAGUUCUACAAGCCAGCCUACCUGAUCCAGAAGCUGUCCAAUGCCAGAAGACACCUGGAGAAUAUCAUGCGCAUCUCAGCCAUCCUGGAGAAGAACUGCUCAGGGCUGGACUGUCAGGAACAGCAUUGUGAGCAAGGCUUGUCACUGGAUUCCCACGCGCUUAUGACCUACAGCACGGCUCGCAUCAGCUUUGUGUGUCCGCGUUUCUACAGGAACGUGCGCUGCACCUGCAAUGGAGGACUGUGCCCGGGGUCCAACGAUCCUUGUGUGGAGAAGCCGUGUCCGGGAGACAUGCAGUGUGUCGGUUAUGAAGCCAGCAGGAGACCGUUCCUCUGCCAGUGUCCACCAGGAAAGCUCGGAGAGUGCUCAGGGCACACUUCUCUCAGCUUUGCUGGAAACAGUUACAUCAAAUAUCGGCUUUCUGAAAAUAGCAAAGAAGAGGAUUUUAAACUAGCUCUGCGUCUUCGAACCCUGCAAAGCAAUGGGAUUAUAAUGUACACCAGAGCAAAUCCCUGCAUAAUUCUGAAGAUUGUGGAUGGCAAGCUGUGGUUCCAGCUGGACUGCGGCAGCGGCCCAGGAAUCUUGGGCAUCUCGGGCCGUGCUGUCAACGACGGGAGCUGGCACUCGGUCUUCCUGGAGCUCAACCGCAAUUUCACGAGCCUGUCCCUGGAUGACAGCUACGUGGAACGGCGCCGGGCACCCCUCUACUUCCAGACGCUGAGCACGGAGAGUAGCAUCUACUUCGGCGCCCUGGUGCAAGCAGAUAACAUCCGCAGCCUGACUGACACGCGAGUCACACAGGUGCUCAGCGGCUUCCAGGGCUGCCUGGACUCCGUGAUACUGAAUAACAACGAGCUGCCACUGCAGAACAAGCGCAGCAGCUUCGCGGAGGUGGUGGGCCUGACGGAGCUGAAGCUGGGCUGCGUGCUGUAUCCCGACGCGUGCGAACGCAGCCCGUGUCAGCACGGGGGCAGCUGCACUGGCCUGCCCUCCGGGGGCUAUCAGUGUACCUGUCUCUCACAGUUUACGGGGAGAAACUGUGAAUCUGAGAUUACAGCCUGCUUCCCAAACCCCUGCCGGAAUGGAGGAUCCUGCGAUCCAAUAGGAAACACUUUCAUCUGCAAUUGUAAAGCUGGGCUCACUGGAGUCACGUGUGAGGAGGACAUCAAUGAGUGCGAACGAGAGGAGUGUGAGAACGGAGGCUCCUGUGUGAACGUGUUUGGCUCCUUCCUCUGCAACUGCACGCCGGGCUACGUGGGCCAGUACUGCGGGCUGCGCCCCGUGGUGGUGCCCAAUAUCCAGGCUGGCCACUCCUACGUGGGGAAGGAGGAACUCAUCGGCAUUGCCGUGGUCCUCUUCGUCAUCUUCAUCCUGGUGGUCCUCUUCAUCGUCUUCCGCAAGAAGGUCUUCCGCAAGAACUACUCCCGCAACAACAUCACGCUAGUGCAGGACCCGGCCACCGCAGCCCUGCUCAACAAGAGCAAUGGCAUCCCGUUCCGGAACCUGCGCGGCAGCGGGGACGGCCGCAACGUCUACCAGGAGGUGGGGCCCCCGCAGGUCCCCGUGCGCCCCAUGGCCUACACACCCUGCUUCCAGAGCGACUCCAGGAGCAACCUGGAUAAGAUCGUGGACGGGCUGGGAGGCGAGCACCAGGAGAUGACCACGUUUCACCCCGAGUCGCCCCGCAUCCUGACAGCCCGGCGGGGCGUGGUCGUGUGCAGCGUGGCCCCCAACCUCCCCGCCGUGUCACCCUGCCGCUCCGACUGCGACUCCAUCCGGAAGAAUGGCUGGGACGCGGGAACUGAGAACAAAGCGGUUGAUGACCCAGGAGAAGUGACCUGCUUUGCAGGUAGUAAUAAAGGCAGCAACUCUGAAGUUCAAUCCCUCAGCUCCUUCCAGUCAGAUUCUGGUGACGAUAAUGCCUCCAUAGUGACUGUCAUUCAGCUUGUCAACAAUGUAGUUGACACUAUAGAGAAUGAAGUGUCUGUCAUGGACCAAGGACAGAACUACAACCGAGCCUAUCACUGGGACACCUCUGACUGGAUGCCAGGGGCCCGCCUGUCGGACAUAGAGGAAGUGCCCAACUAUGAGAACCAGGAUGGAGGGUCUGCACACCAGGGGAGCACACGGGAGCUGGAGAGUGAUUACUACCUUGGUGGUUAUGACAUUGACAAUGAAUACCCACCCCCUCAUGAAGAGGAGUUCUUGAGUCAGGACCAGCUGCCUCCCCCUCUCCCGGAGGACUUCCCGGACCAAUAUGAGGCCCUGCCACCCUCCCAGCCUGUCUCCCUGGCCAGCACACUGAGCCCGGACUGCAGGAGAAGGCCCCAGUUCCAUCCUAGCCAGUACCUCCCUCCUCACCCAUUCCCCAAUGAAACGGAUUUGGUGGGCCCGCCUGCCAGCUGUGAAUUUAGUACUUUUGCUGUGAGCAUGAACCAGGGCACAGAGCCCACAGGCCCAGCAGACAGCGUGUCUCUGUCCUUGCACAAUUCCAGAGGCACCUCAUCCUCAGAUGUGUCAGCCAACUGCGGCUUUGACAAUUCCGAAGUAGCCAUGAGUGACUACGAGAGCGUAGGAGAGCUCAGCCUCGCCAGCCUUCACAUUCCCUUUGUGGAGACUCAGCACCAGACUCAAGUGUAGAUACCACAUCUUGGGUAGUUCACCCUGUUUGUUACAGAAAAGUGGAAGCUGAUUGGCUGGGCUUGUGUCCCAGUGGAGCAUCGUCUGUGGAAAGAGAAGGGAAUAUGGUAUUUUUCCACUAGAAACUUCUUCACAAGUCAUACUGUCCCAACAAGCAAGCUUGAUUCCAGUUGGGUGAAAAUGAAAGGCUCAGAAAUUGUUUUUGAGAGGUGUCUGGUAAUCCUUGAUGGAGGUACCUGUGUUCACGGCUAAAAAUGCAAAGAGAAAAAUUAUUUCACCCACUAAGUUAUAUAGCCAGUCUUGUAUGGCUUUGUGCAGUGUUGUACCCUGGAAAGUGUUACAGCGUCGGUCCUUGCAGUAUUAAAAACUGGCAACAAUCAAAGAGGCAUUGUUGCAUGUAAUUUUGAGCCAAUGAAAUGAAAAUAGUAGUAAUGAUUGUUGGAAAAGUUAGUCUCUUAGGCGAAAGAAAAGAGAAACAAAUAUUAAACAAACCAGAAAAUGGGCUGAAGCCUUUUAAAUCAACUCUAUUUUUUUGAUAAGCUGCCCAAUUUUCAGCUAUAAAAUUAGGUUUGAAUAACAUGUUUAGUAUGCUCAGUUAUUUCUGUUUGCUUGUGUUAAGCAUCCAAUCUAAUAUAGUUGGGUUUUAUGAUCUUUGAGAAAGGUAUCAAUGAAGAGCAAUGUGAGGCUUUUGGGUUCCAUUUGGUGGGUGGGGGAGGAAGUUGGAAUUGUUUGAACAUUAGAAAGAAUGUGAUUAUCUGGUUGGUUUUGUGUUUUCUGGUAAAUAUUCCAGUCGGUAAAUCUAACAUUGCUACAGAAGUUGGCUUUGUUCGUAUAGGUUCUCUACAAUGAGAUAUUUUUAGGAGUUUAAGCAAAACUCACAAAUUCAGGGAGAAAAAAAAAGAAAAAACGAUACCUUCAAAGUUUGCAGCCUAGAUAAUCACAAUUCUUGAUAAUGCAGAGGAAAGGUGUCUGUUACUUGAAAUCAGUAGCGUCACCAUUAUAAAUACAAUUAUGUUAAGAAAAGAAGAAAGUAGACUAGUUAUUGUGUAUAAAUUAUAAUAGUGCGUGUCUGUCUGGGCCUAUGUACAAAUAUGUGCUUGCACUCAGUAAGGCUGCUCUUGAGGAAAGCUAAUGUGAAGGUUUUGGGAAAUGGACCACGUUGAAAAUUCUGUCAGCGAGCAUGGCAUACCUUUCAAUUUCUCUGCUCUCGAUGGUGUUAGAGAAACAUCAAAUGCCAUAUUUUACUCUGGUUCAGUUAACUUUAUUUUGGUACUGCCAAUAAAGCAAAAUUGUGCUUUUUUUUUUUUUUUUUCCUCGAGACAGAGUCUUGCUCUGUCACCUAGGCUGGAGUGCAAUGGUGCAAUCUCGGCUCCUGGGUUCAAGCGAUUCUCCUGCCUCAGCCUCCCAAGUAGCUGGGAUUACAGGUGUGUGCCACCACACCCAGCUAAUUUUUUGUAGUUUUAGUAGAGAUGGGGUUUCACCAUGUUGACCAGGCUGGUCUCGAACUCCUGACCUCAUGAUCUGCCUGCUGUGGCCUCCCAAAGUGCUGGGAUUACAGGCAUGAGCCACCGUACUCAGCCCAAAACUGUGCUUUUUAAAAACAGUAUUUUCUUAUAAUUUUCCAGAACUAACCUCUGUUUUUAAAAUGUGUAAUGUUUGAUUACACCCUGGGAUUCCCUUCUCAUCUGUGGGCUUUGGCCAUGAUUUCCAAAAUUAACAGGAGAAUCAUUCCACUGGAAAUAUAAAAAUCUAGUCCUCAAAACUUAAAGUUGAUAAGUUGAAUGACUUUCCUCUUUUGCUUCAAUCAGAUGAUGGCCGCCUGUGCAGUGGCCAUGGUAAAUAUAUGCAUAUUUGCACUAUCUGCUUAAUGAGCAAAUCUGUGUCCACAGUUUCUGAUGACAUAUGGCAUUGGUGUGUAACUUGUACUGUCCCGAGUCUGUGCAUUAUUCACUCAGACAUAUUUUUAGUUAUUUCAAUUGCAUUUAAUCCACUUACUUCUUUUUUAUGAGUCAGUGUUUCUGAAAGUUUAUGCAAAAAAAAAGAAAAUCCUUUUUCAUUCCCAAACUUUCUAAGUAAGUGGAUACACUUCACAGGUUUUUCAGCCUUUCUCUGCCUGUCUCUUGGUCAGACCUACUCAUGGAGGCAUUAUCCACACUGUGGUCUUGAAAUAAAUGAAUUUCACUAAGGCUGCUUUCGAUAAUAAAGUCUUUGGUAUUUUUCUUAUGUAAGAAGCACAUUUGCAAGAGUCAUGGAAAAAAAUGUCAAACUAAUGGCCUAGAAUAGAGUCACUGCUACACUUUAAGUAAUGCAAUGACAUAAAAACCAUCAAAGUAAAACCAACAAUUCAUUUCUUGCCCCCAGGAAAUAUUAGAAUGAGAUUAAUGCCGAUGAGUCACUACUGCUUACACAGCAUCUCUUCAAGGGAGAAUGCCUGACUGACACAGUAAUGAAAGAAUAAAUAGAUCCUAAUGCAGUCAUGAAGCCACCGAAGAAAAUUGUGCCCACCCUUUGCUGUCAUCUAUGUAAAAUAUCUCUUUCUUUGGGAUAUUGUCCCCUGAUUUUCUGCAGAAUAGCUCUGCAGCUAAAUAUAUACCAGGCAAGCGUGUAUUAUGUUUUGAUUCAUUAUCUUUAAACACAUGCUAUCUCUUCACUUUUUGGAAAGUUAGAUUUCCCUGUAGAUUAUGAAAUGCUUUGCAAUCAGGCCAAGAUGCUACUAGGUGGGGAUGACCACUGAUUCAAAACAGCUGGAAGAGUCCUAUUUGCUAGUCCAAACUCCUUAUUUUAUCAAAGAGGAGACAUACCCAGAGAAGGGAAGGGACUUCCCAAGCUCACAGAGGAAGUUAAUUAGCUUAACAAGGACUAGAACCCAUCCAUCUGGCCAAUAUUCUUCUUACAUAAUAUUGUUCACCCCUACACUGCCUUGAGCAUGGGAGCCACCUGGUUCUGAUGGACCUUCUGACUUCCACCAUUCUUUCUUUGGAAUAUGCUAUAAAAGGAAAUUCAUGGAGAAUAUUUUUCUGGAAGCCAGUUGAUCUUAUGUUUCCUUGCAGCCCCUCUAGGCAGAGGGGUUAUAGAAUUCACACACAUUUCUGUAGACAUUCAUCGAAAUGCUGCUUUUGCCAAAUGAAUGUUUGUAUAAUAGGGAUGAAAUGAUAAUUACAGAGUUCAGCUCAGACCAGUCAUCAGUUGUAGUGAAACUUUGAUUAUACUGUUACCUACUGGUUGCAUUUUUGGUUUUGGUUUUGCAUUUUUUUCUUCCCACCAACACUGGCUACUCUUUGUCCUACCCCCUCCACCAUGAUGAACCAUGUGGAAAAUAUUUAAAUCAAUUGGUGUCCUUCUCAUUUUUCUAACAUGUAUGUGCCACCUCCUGGAAGCCAUUUCCCAUAAUCUGUUGUAGGCACUUUACUAGUAUUGCACACAUUCUGGUUAGGUUGAGAAUAGCUAGACUCUUGGUGCUCGUCAUAUAGUAAGCAAGAACUUGAGGGUAGUAAAAGGUGAAUAAAGUGCAUGCUUCGUUUAUUCCCUUUCCUCUAUGAAUAUUUUGCUGCUGCGUUCUAGUCUAUGCCAGCUUUCCAUGUACCCUUGACCUGCCUAUUCAUGAAAUGCCAUGUAAAAGACUUAGUAACAUGAGUAGGUGGUCCAUGCUUUGAGGUUCGUCCAAUUAGAGAAUCAAUGUGAAAGCCUGGAAAGGGGAACUAGUUUGUGGAAUGUGCCUGGAAAUUUCCUUGGAAAUUACUAGCACAUUCUGGAAAAAAAGCAAGUAGAACAUAUCUACCAUCAGUCCUCUCCUACUUACUUCCCACCCCACCCUACCCACACUGAUGCUAUGUUUGCAUCAUCAAAGUCAGGGGAAUUGAGAAAAGAGAUUAUCAAAAUAAAUUAUUAAAGAUCCAGAAAACAGUUUUAUGUGAAGUAAUUCAGGAAGAUCUAGUGUUCAUUUUGCAUGGAUUGUCCAGGUAAUUGUCUGGCUCUUCACUCCGCUGCCUUCCCAGUGCACAGGUAUUGCUAAAGUGGUUAGGCUUUAAUGUUUUAUGUUUUUAGUUUCAAACCAUGGGAAAUGGAGAUUUGAAGAGGCAUUUAUUCCGUGUCAUCAUUUUGUGUGCUCUGUGAGAAGGUGGUUAUGUGUUUUUGCUGGUUUGUGUCCCACAGUGUUCAACUGCACAUUAUUCUGAUGAAAAUCCACAAUGUCUUUGAGCUUCUGGUUGUGUAAUGCUGGGGUUUAAAGUCACCAUUUGUGGGUCUGUCAUCAGUUAAUAUUUAGCCAGCUGGCUAGGAGAUAGGAAAAGAAUAUGAUAUUUCUUUCCUUAUGUAAUAAUGAAAAGCAAUAAUUAAAGUAGGUAAUAAUACACAAAGGCCAUAAUUAGUCUCUUCUAAUGUUUAGAAUGCACUUGAGAAUCGUAGUCAUUUGGAGCGUGUUUGGACUGAUUAGUAUGUACUGUAGUACACUUCUGGCAAACAAAUACCUGAAUUGCUACUAUUUAACAAUCUUAUGAGCCCACACUACUGCAUUUUGGGAGUGGCAAAUGUGUUUGGAAAUGGAAGCAGUUCUUUUUAAGCACUGUAUCAGAGAGAUUGUCUUGUACAUUUGCCUGUUGCAAACAGGCUGGUUUGUAAAAGAUGUAUGUUUUGGUGUUUAAAAUGUUUAUAAAAUUGUAUAUAAAUGGUUUCAAUUUUCCAGGCUUUUGUAGAUACUAUAUUUGAUGCCUAUCAGGAUGCUUUAAUUUGGGGGGUCGAAUAUAAUUGUGAGUCAUCCACGCUGUUGGUCUGCAAACUUUUGAGGUAACUACACGCACACAAAAAAGGAUUUUAGAUUUGAAUAUGAUGUUUUUUACUCAUUUCAAAAUGUACUGUAACCUUUCUUUGGUUCUUACUGUUUUCAUUUAACUUUCUCUGUUUUCAAGAAAAAUGUUUUUAUUGACAUUUGUAAAAAAUGAAUGUGUUUUGCCCAGU